GUGCCCCUUCCUUGGUGUCAGUGGGAGGAAUAGUGCCCCUUCCUUGGUGUCAGUGGGAGGAAUAGUGCCCCUUCCUUGGUGUCAGUGGGAGGAAUAGUGCCCCAUCAUUGGUAUCAGUGGGAGGAAUAGUGUCCCAUCAUUGGUAUCAGUGGGAGGAAUAGUGUCCCAUCAUUGGUGUCAGUGGGAGGAAUAGUGCCCCAUCAUUGGUGUCAGUGGGAGGAAUAGUGUCCCAUCAUUUGGUGUCAGUGGGAGGAAUGGUGCCCCGUCAUUGGUGUCAGUGGGAGGAAUGGUGCCCCGUCAUUGGUGUCAGUGGGAGGAAUGGUGCCCCGUCAUUGGUGUCAGUGGGAGGAAUGGUGCCCCGUCAUUGGUGUCAGUGGGAGGAAUGUGCCCCAUCAUUGGUAUCAGUGGGAGGAAUAGUGCCCCAUCAUUGGUGUCAGUGGGAGGAAUAGUGCCCCAUCAUUGGUAUCAGUGGGAGGAAUAG